AUGCAUCGGCCAGUCGUCACUCGCUUGGCCCAAUAUGGAGGUCAGGCAUUAGCCGAAUUGCCUCCACCUUACCUGGCGCCCUCCCUCCACUUCACAAUGACCCGAACCCAGUCUUCCAACUUCUCCACGACCCCCGUCGCCGCCGGCCGAGGACGCGAUCUCAACCGAACCCGCGGUGUAUCAGCAAUUCACCGUACCGGCCCACGAUUCAAGCUUAAUGUUUCCAAAUACCCAUUACCGAAGCCUGUGGCACCCGGAUCUCUGCCUGCUCGCCAUAAUAACCCCGAGCAUGGACUUUGGGGAUUCUUCCCUCCGUCGCGCGAGGCAUUGAGUACCCCGGAGUUUGAUUUGGAAUUUGGUCGCUCAUGGGCUAUCACCGAGCUUCGUGACAAGAGCUGGGAAGACAUCCAUUCCCUCUGGUGGGUCUGUGUCAAGGAGCGGAACCGCAUUGCCACUACGAAUGUGGAAAGAGAGCGCUUGAAGGCCGGUUAUGGAGACCACGAAGCUGGGAAGCGUGACCAGGCUGUUUUCGUUACUAUGCAAAACAUCAAGCACGUUCUGCGUGAACGCUGGCAUGCUUGGGAAGAAGCUCAGCGUCUGUACGACCAAGGAGCUCGCCCGGCCUACGAAGAAGUCGACUAUUUGGAGUCCUCUGAGAGUUCCGUGGCUAAGGACAAGCCUGUGGCAGAGGAGAAGACCACCAAGGCAUUAAGUGGAUUAUUUUAA